AUGGGAAAGAUUAAGAUUGCCAGUAGUGGAAGUAGAGUCCUCUUUUUCCUUGCUCUUUUGGCCUCCCCUUUGUUGGCUUUCUCCGCAAACAGGAAGCUUUCAGCUGGUAAUGGCGGCAUUGAGGAGCAGAAGUGGCUCCAUCAUGGUCUGGGUGGUGGUUUAGGACAUGGUGGAGGUGCUGGCGGGGGACUUGGUAGUAGCGGUGGGCUCGGAGGCGGUGCUGGUGGUGGAUUUGGUGGUGGCGGUGGUGCUGGCGGGGGACUUGGCGGUGGAGGUGGGCAAGGCGGUGGUUUUGGUGGUGGCGGUGGCGCGGGAGGGGGUGACUAUUCUUGA